GUGUCGUAAGGGUGAGCCACUCGUCUAAUUCAAAAUGGCGAAGUUCUAGCGGUGUUAGUUUGUACAUCCAUUAAAUAUGAUUAAUCUCAGUUCGAAAUAGUAUUAUAAACGUAAUAUCUAAAUAAAAGAACUCAGAUACCGUUUUAGAACGUUCUUAUUAGGAAGACGAACAUUUUAAACAGAUUAAACUAUGAUGGAGCAUAAGAGUGACCAUUUAGAAGAUCAUAGUGUAAUUGAUCGAUUGAAAAGUCCUCAUGCUACAGAAACAACUGAUGUGUCUCCAAAUAUAAGUAAAGAUGAUGAUUCAUCAUCAAAUAGAAGUUCUCCAGAUUCAGGAUGUGCAAUUUGUUUAGGCAAAUUGGAAAAUAAAUCCUUUACCGAUAGUUGUUUUCACACAUUCUGCUUCACCUGUCUUCUGGAAUGGUCUAAAGUGAAAGCUGAGUGUCCUCUGUGCAAACAACCAUUUAAGAGUAUUGUGCAUAAUGUUCGUUCAAUAGAAGAUUAUGAUCAAUAUUAUAUCAAUGCAACAAGGACAACCGAGAACUCCUGGCAAAGUCCAGAUGGAAGGAGAUUCAGAUAUCCUUCCACAUUGACAGCAGAAAGGAGACGACAUCGAGCUUUUGAAGAGACACUAGAAUAUCGUGCUCACAGAUUGACAUAUGCACCACAUACUUUCUCUAGCAGUCAUGCAAGAGAACUGACUACUGAACAUCCAUCUACAAGUAAUUUUAGAAGACAUAUCUAUGAGAAUGCUUUGUGGGUACAGAUAGGCGAUGAAUCACAAAGAAGAUACAGAGACACAUCACCAGAAUUUUUUUGUCAAAAUCCGGCAUGUACUCAUCGACUCAUACCUUGGCUCAAUAGGGAAUUAAUAGCUCUUUUGACUGACAGUGAGAGUCAAGUGAUAUUUGUGCUAGAACUGAUACUUGCAUUAAUCAUGAGAUACGAUAUAAAAAGUCCAGAAUUUUACGUUCAUAUAGAGCCAUAUCUUCAAAAUCGCACAACUCAUUUCAUACACGAAUUUUACAAUUUUGCUCGUUCUCCUUACGAUAUGGUGAAUUAUGAUCGAAGAGCUGUCUAUGAAUGUUUAGAGCCCAAUAAUUGCAAUGAAAACUUUUCUCCUGUCAGUUCCACAACAAGUGACAUAAUUGUCAUUCAUCCUGUAAAUUCUUCAGAAAAUUCUGCAUCUGUCAGUCAGUUGGAUAGACAUACAAAAGAUCGACAGUCAGAUUUUUCAUCUACUCAUAGCACAAGCCAAAAUAAUUCUAACUUAAAGCAGAUAUUCUGGAAUAGUGACGAAAGUUGGAUGAACAAAGAAUCAUCAAAUUCAAUAAUUUUUUCACCACUUAAUAAUCCUCAGCAUGACUUAGAAAGUGGUCUUCCUGGUCCUAGUACUUCUACACAUUGUUCUAUCCCAGAAACACAAACUUCUAAUAUUGAGAAAAAGGAAGAAAAUAUUUCAACUGAUAAAGAAAGUGAUUCAGACUGUAUGGUAAUUGGAUAUGUCAAACCAAGAUCAGAGAGAACUCCAGAAUUGAUUGAUCUUGUUUCUAGUUCUAGUGAUACAGAAAUUGAAAAUUACAAUAUGAAUGUGAUUCGGAAAUCUUGUGUGGAUGAUUUAGAUGAUAAAAGAUACCUCAGGAAGAAACUGACAUUCCAUGAGAGAGAUUAUUACAGACCUUCUUCACCUGCAUAUUCUGAGAAACAUCAUUCAAGACAUUCAUCGUGGUCUCCACCAGAAUCGUCAUCUAGUAAUUCUAAGCAAGCUUUGAAAGGAGAAUGUUCUAAGAAGAGAGAGAAAAAAGUAAAAUCUUACAAAUAUUACAGUAAAAGAGCCCAGAAAGAUCCCUCUUAUCACAGUUCAACUGAUACUGAAGCCUCUGAUAGUGAUGACAGUUCCACAGAUUAUUCUGGUGAUUCUACAUUUAGACUUUGUAGUGUGGUUGGAAAAACUUCAACUAUAAAAUUUUACAAAACUGUGUCAUCUGGAAGUAGUUCUCACAGGAAAAAGCAUAAAAAACAGAAGAGGAAAAAACAUCGGAAACAUAAACAUCAUCAUAAACGAAAACGUUACUCUUCGAGUAGUGAAAGAUUUUAGAAUUAUUAGACAAGAAGGACAAGAAGCAUAAUUAUUUUUAAAUUUGGAAAAUAAUUGAAUUUACUAACCAUAAAUGAAUUAUCAUACAAAUUACAUACACACAUACAUAAACAUUAUAUAUAAAUAUAUAUAUAUAAAAUAAUAAAUAUUAAGUGUUCAUACUGUAAAUAUGCUGUAGAUACCUUUUCUUUAAUUAUGUGAAAUGUAUAUUCUUUAUACAGAACAUUUUGGUAACAAUAGCCAAUAUGUUUGAAAGCUUGCAUUGUAACGGCAUUUUAAAACAUUAUUUGAACUGCAAGUAAAGUGUAUGCAGUACAAUAUUUAAAUUAGUUGAAGUUUAAUAUUUAUAUCCAGAGUUAAAUGAAUUUUUUUUUCUUGAAGAAAAAGUUGUACUAUAUGUUUGAAGUAUCUAGUAGAAAAUAUACUUCAGAACAUAGUAAAAUUAAACUUACUAUACAAAUUCUUACAAAUUUCACUUAACUGAAAUUUUGUUUUUCUUUUUACAAUUAUUAUUAUCAAAAAAUUUUGAAUUUUGUUUACAUAAACAUAUUUUGAAAAUAAAUACAAAAUUUGUGAUUUCAGUAGAUUCUCAGUUAACUGGUAUGCAGGCUGAUUGGUAGAUGCUGGAUAAAUGUAGUUUCUGAUUAUUUUUAAGAGUAAAUCAAGCAAACCUAACUAAUACUAGAUACUAUACUACCAUAUCAUAAACUUGGUAUUGAUUUGAUAUUAAAAUUGAAAUACAGUAAUUUAAAGCAAAUUAAGACAAAGAAAAUCUUGGAUUGGACAAGAACACAAAAUUUGAAUAAUAGAUUCCAACUGACACACAUUGGUCAGUUGGAUUCCAUUAUUGUUAGUCAGAAUCUAGUGAAUUGAUGGGAGCAAGGGUCAAAUAUGGUCUGCGAAGUGUGGGCUUUCAGCAUGGCAUGCCAAAAUUUACCUUGCAUUUCGCUAGAUUGAUUUAAAUUUUUAUUUAAAGUAUUCAAAUUCAAAGAAAUAAUACUUUAAAUUUUUAUUUAAAGUAUUAUUUCUUUGAAUUUUUUGCCAAUUGCUUGAGUUCUGGUUGACUGAGAGUCUACUGUAUUUUUACUUUCUUUGUGUUAAAAUACAGUAAAAGUUUUGAUUAUCUGUCAUAAAUGGGAACCGAAUAUCCAGACUAUUGCAGUAGGUGAAGUUGUUUAGAUAGGCUCUGGAAUGAAAUGAAAGCCUCAUUUUAUUCAUUUUUAAAUGCAUGUGCAGUGUUUAUGGUGGUGUGUGUUUUCAUGGAAAAUAAAGAGUAAGUUAUGUAGAGGAGGGCAAACAAUGUUUGUCGCUCUGCACACCAGAGGGGAACAACUUUGUUAAUUGCAUGCCAUUAGUGAGUUCAUAAUCAAAAGGCAAUUUUCAAAAUGUCCAGAUGAAAAAAAAAUACUGCUGGAUAGUAUGGAAUGCCAGAUAAAAAAAAACUUUAUUGUAUUACAAAUUCCUAGUUUGCUUUUUAUAUUUUUAACCUUCUAAGGAGUUAAUUAGCAUUAAUCAGUUCCAUGAAUUAAUGUGAAAUUUGAUAUUUUUACUUAUAAAAAACUAAAAGGAAUUUAUAUACUUUGUUUUUAUAAAUAAUUUAUCUUUACGAAUUGAUACAGAAAUUUUUUUAGUUUAAAAU